AUGAGCAAGAAAUUCCGUUGUGGUCGUUUGUUAUUAACUCGAGAUGGUCGAGUGAAGAAAGUGGAGUUAGGAGGCGGUGGUGGUACAAGAACUUGUGAUUGUAGCGAUGAGCAAAUGACAUUCGAUGAUGUUCAUAAUCUACUUCUCACCAUUUACUCUCUUCCCGAUCAGAAACAACAAACAGUGCUGUACGAUUUCCAACUUCAGCCGCUCGAUGUGAAAAAAUUCAAAACAUUAGCGAACUACAUGGAUAAAUAUCGAUUCAACAGAAAUAGUACCAUUGUGUAUUUAUGUACGUCGGAGGUUAAAAUCGAUCCUCCACCUGAAAUAAAGAUUGAGAGUGAAGCUGACAAUACAAAUAGUAAUUCACUUUCCGUUGUGAAAAGUGAACCAGCAGAGGAAUCAAUAGCCGAAUCAACACCACCGACGACAGAGUAUUCAUUUGUCCAUGCAAUUAAUGAAAUGCUGAAAAUCAUUCGUGAAUUGAUCGCGCAGAACUCUUCGGAAAAAGUUCUAACAAAACUAUUCGAAAACCUAUGUUUGAUUAACGGUUAUGUCUUUUCAAUCAUUGUUCCAUUGCAACAACAAUCGAAUGAAACCGAAGCAACAUUGUAUUUGAAUAAUUUAAACAAUAUCUAUGAUAUAUUUGUUUCGACUAAUUCGUUAAUUCAUGGAAGUAUUGAAAAAUUUCGUCAUCUGAAAGCUUACGUAACACUUCGAACUUCGUUUUUUCAAUUCUAUAACAAUGUCAGGAUUAUUCGUAAUCGAUGGAUGAAAGUUAUGAAGAAUUCCAAUGUAUCAGAUAUUAAACCAAAACCUAAAGAAAACGAUAGAAGAAGUUCGGUGAAACUGUUAACUUCUGACCUUCCAUCUGCAAUUGAUGAGAUCACCAAGAUACAGUUGAAAACAUUUCGUCCCGCUUUGGAUGCAUUUCGCACGCUAUUACGGAAAACAGCGAAUGUUGCGACAUUAGCUGGAUUUCAUUUGUUUGUUACUGAAAGUCUGAAUAAAACAAAGAACAUAAGAGAACGUAUAGAUUUAUCGAGUGUAACAUCUGUUGUUGAUGGAAAAAAAGAGAUAAUGAACGUGACGAAACAAUUCUCGAAGAAACUACGCGCAGAGAAGAACACAUUUUCCAAAUUACGAUCUCGUCGAUCGAUUCUCAACGCAGCAAAAGCGGUAUUACGAAAAAUGAGAUCGUUGGGAACUACAAUCUAUCGUGUUCAAAUUAGAAAACAAGAAGACUCACCUAUCGACGAAUCCACAACGAAUUAG